AGCUAAACUUAUGCGUGCUUUAAACAGUUUGAGGACUAAUCCAAAAGAGGAAGAAGAAUCUGUAUACAUUGGCUAGCGUAUGUGCCCUGCCCUCUGACCUCUUAAAAAUAGCAGCAACCCAUCAUUUCCAAGAAGCUUGCCUGAAGAGCAAGCACCCUGUGAAUGGAGUGCACUUUCAGGACCCUCCAGAGUGUUCAGAUUUACUGUGCAGCUCACUAACAACGGUUUGGCUCUCCAAGAAACAGGGAAUUGGAUUUACCGAAAACUUGGUGUUUGCUUCUGAGAGUGAAUGUCAAAGGACCCUAAAGUGCCAGCCUUGAAGGUAGCAGCUUAGGCUUCAUCUGCUAUUACAUAAGAGGAACUGACCACUAACCAGAAUAUUUGUGAAGAGUACUGCAGCACCACAAGGAGGCACCAAGCAGACAUUCCUAGAGAAACAUGGAUGGAGUUGGAAAUCUGACAGUAUCUUCUGCCAGUAAUAACACAUGCAAUGACACUAUUGAUGACUUCCGCAAUCAAGUAUAUUCCACCUUGUACUCUAUGAUCUCUGUUGUGGGUUUCUUUGGUAAUGGCUUUGUGCUCUAUGUCCUCAUAAAAACAUAUCAUGAGAAGUCAGCCUUCCAAAUAUACAUGAUUAAUUUAGCAGUUGCAGAUCUACUGUGCGUGUGUACACUGCCUCUCCGCGUGGUCUACUAUGUUCACAAAGGCAUUUGGCUCUUUGGUGACUUUUUGUGCCGCCUUAGCACCUAUGCCUUGUAUGUCAACCUCUAUUGUAGCAUCUUCUUUAUGACAGCCAUGAGCUUUUUCCGGUGCAUUGCAAUUGUUUUCCCAGUCCAGAACAUUAAUGUGGUUACACAGAAAAAAGCCAGAUUUGUGUGUGCUGGCAUUUGGAUUUUUGUGAUUUUGACCAGUUCUCCAUUUUUAAUGUCCACAUCUUACAAAGAUGAGAGAAACAACACCAAGUGCUUUGAGCCUCCACAGGACAAUCAAGCUAAAAAUCAUGUUUUAAUCUUGCAUUAUGUUUCAUUGUUUGUCGGAUUUAUCAUCCCUUUUAUUAUUAUAAUUGUCUGUUACACAAUGAUCAUUUUGACCUUACUGAAAAAUUCAAUGAAGAAAAAUCUGUCAAGUCGUAAAAAGGCGAUAGGGAUGAUUAUAGUCGUGACAGCUGCCUUUUUGAUCAGCUUCAUGCCAUAUCAUAUUCAACGCACCAUCCACCUUCACUUUUUACACAAUGAAACUAAACCCUGUGAUUCUGUCCUUAGAAUGCAAAAGUCAGUGGUCAUAACCUUGUCUCUGGCUGCAUCAAAUUGUUGCUUUGAUCCUCUCUUAUACUUCUUUUCAGGGGGAAACUUUAGGAGAAGGCUGUCUACAUUUAGAAAGCAUUCAUUGUCCAGCAUGAUUUAUGUACCCAAGAAGAAGACCUCUUUGCCAGAAAAAGGAGAGGAAAUAUUAAAAGAAUAGUGUAAACCCAUCUCCAAUGUAAAUCAAUGAGAGUUUCCCAAGCAUUAUCUCAAAUCAUUUACAACAAAAAUAAGAAUUUCUAUUAAUAAUUUA